AUUACGUUUGGUUCCGAGUCUGUAUCCAGAGUGACGUUGACGUUACUCGCCAACAUGGCGGCGGACUGGGACCGAGGGCAUGGCUCCGUGGAGGACAUGCUUGACGCUGAGAACAAGCGCCUGGCUGACAGUUUGGUCACUAAAGUGUCCCGACUCAAAUCUCUGGCGUACGACAUUGACAGAGAGGCCGAAGAUCAGAACGACUAUUUGGACAGCAUGAACUCCAACUUCCUUAGCACUACGGGCCUGCUGGGAGGUACCGUGAGGCGCUUCUACAACACAAUAGGCUCAGGACGUGAAAACCGGCGCAUCAUGUGCUACAUCGCCAUCGGCCUGAUCGUCAUAUUCUUCCUGCUCUACUACACCAUCGCCGGAAUGAGCCACUGACCCGCUCGGCAUCUCUGAUCCACUCCUGCAGCAGAGGACCACAGAACCGAAUGGAAAAAAGUCAGGCACUGAGAUGAUCUGAAAGAGGUGGCAAUAGAAUUGAGUUAGCUGGAACCAAAAUACUUUUUUUUUAUAUGUAGAAUUCAAUUUGACACAGACUCUUUAAAAAAAAUCUCUGGAAGAAGUGCGGAUUAUUCGGUCAAGUUGAAGUAUUUCUGUACAUAUAUAGUUUCUUAAUUCAACCAUCAUUUGUAAAAGACGGUGAUUUAUUAAAUGUAAAUGUUUAUGCUACCACAGAUGGCAGGAGACAGCUACUACAUGUUUAUUUAUUUGUUUGUUUGUUUAAUCCAACAUGAAAAUGCUCAUUUCUUCUUGUCAGAUUGUUGCUAUGGUUUCUUUCCAAUUUCAUUCUGCUUUUGUGUUUACUUGACUCCUCUAUUAAAUAGUCUUUAACACUAAA